CCGUCCUCCAGGCUGCACUCUGGACACCAAUCACCCCUAACCCCGACCGAACCUUUCUCAAAAGGCCUUUUUGAUUGUGUAGUUUCCACCUGUAGUAAAAACGAUAAGACAUAAUAAAAAACUUACUAGUAGAUUAUUGAUAUGAAAGUGAAAAGCAUAACUCGCGUAGUUCUAUGUUUGAUUCUUGGCAUUUUCUCCAGCCCAACACUGUUAAAUUGUGUCUCAGGUUCAUCUUCAUUAGAUAAAAAAGCCAAUCACCAAAGAACAGCUCGCGAGAAAGACUCUGGGAAAAUUAUAGUGCGCGAUCCGUUCACAAACACGCCAGACGUCACGCGCCGGAGGCCGGUGCCUGUCCUGCGGAUCCGUGGCCGAACACCUGGAGAGGAUCACCUGCACACAUACAGCCGGCUCCCUGAAGUAUCGGUGAUUUGUUCACGCUCUGGAUUCGUUUUAAGGGUAAAAAAGAAUUUCUACGGUUUCUCAGCCAUCGCAGAGGAGCUGACGCUCGGAGAAACCUGCAAAAGUAACGGGGUGCUUCAGCCGUAUAACGAUCUGCUGUUCACGUAUGCACUUACCGACUGUCAGGGAGAACAACAGGUGUUUCCUGAUUACGUUGCUUACAAAUAUGUCCUGCAUUACGUGCCGCGAUCAUACCGAGACACACGUUUCUAUCACAGAGUCCACGUGGGUUUGGAGUGUCGCUAUAAAAGGGAGCAUCAUGUGCACAGUCUGGUGGUGAGACCCACAUCUAGGACCCUGUUGCACAAACUUAUCAGGAGCAGAUCUGGUGACUUUUGGAUUCAGCUGAUGGACAGUUCCUGGUCCUCUCCAGUCAGGUCUGCUGUGUACCUUCUGGGUCAGCAGGUGAAUGUGCAGGUCUCCACACGACAUCAUUACCAAGGGGUCAAGCUUUUUAUCAACAGCUGUUAUGCAGCUACAGUCAACACUUUGAGUCAAGCAACCAAACACAGUAUCAUAGACAAUUAUGGGUGUUUACGAGAAAGCCGGAUAAAUCCAGGUGCUUCAAGAUUCAGGUUCUCCAGGGCAGACAAUGUUGUUCAGUUUUCUUUUGGUGCUUUUCAGUUCAUUGAAGCCCCAGAUGCCCAGAUCGCACUCCAUUGUGAGCUCUCUGUUUCUGGUGGUGGACCUAGUCAUAUGCAGAAGUCUUGUUUUUACAGCCACACCCAUAAAAGAUGGAUCUCCGUGUUUGGUCCAGAUUCUGUUUGUGACUGCUGUGAUUCAGUCUGCAACCAGACCAAAACCAAACGGAUAACGCACGAAGGGUUUGUAAGCAGUGAUCAAGUGCUCUUCUCUGACCCUUUAACGUCUCCUUUCUCAACUUUGCCUUCCUCAACUCUGGAAUCAAUUCCCAUUGCUCAUAGAAGUGAUGAUGUUAUCUUAUUUGAAGCUAAACUGGCCAAAGAGUCCCAGACCUCAUACACCCACAAGGACUUUGUUGCCUCUGUUUCCCUGAUAUCUUCUGAGGAGGUCCAUGAUAAGAUACCGCACGCAUCUAACACCAGCACAGUUGAGUUCAUAGAGGAGGAAAGGAAAGAGAUAGAAGAGGAGAAACAUGGGGAUGUGGAGAUUAUUCUAGCAAUCAGUAAGAGUAUUGUAGGAUCUGAAAGGCCAAAUUUAGAUCCUAUGAAGAAGCUUGGCAUUGCAUCCUUGGAUUUGUAUGGAGACAGGAAAAUGCAGAACCUGACAAUGGGUUCAAAUUACUCCCAGAAGAAAGGUCAGAGAGUGGAACAAGUUAUUCAGGAGGACAAAGGUUCCACAAAGACUUCACUUAUGAUCAAUGAGACCAUGGAGGAACAUCCUAAUAUGGAUGAAUCAACAAUGGGAGACAGUGGCACUGGGCAACUAAAUGUGUUUCUGCCACCAUUCAUCUCAGAGGAAAAGAAUUCUUCUGAAAAUAAUAAGGAAGGUUUGGGAUUCCUGCUAAUUUCACCAUUUGAGGAGAAACCAGAUAUUCCACUCGGAUCCGAUGAGCUGAUAGAGAAAGGUGUUGUAAGAAAACUAGACCUUGCCCAUGACUCAGAUGAUGAUUAUUUUUCAGAUGGAAUUUAAGUCUUUACAAAGAAACCAGAGUCAUGCAAUGCUUAGAAAUUCAAACUGGGUUUGCAGGCAGUUUUCUUGGUUUAUAAUCCAUGUAUUGAGAGAUAUUAAAUUACUUUUCUUACAUGAUUUCCAUGGUAAUGCCUUUUUAUUCUAUGUUUAAACCAAGCCUUAUUUAAGUCUUGAACCUCCUGUUAAUUGUAAUCUCUAGAAGAAGCGUUCAUAUCUAAUGUCAUUAUGGGUUUUCAGGCGCACGUUUGGUCUUGCUCUCUUUACAAUUAAAUUUCAAGACCUUUGGGGAAAAUCAGAUUAACUUUUGUUUACUCAAUGCAUGGACUAUUUCCAUCACGUCAGUUUUAGAUCUAAAGACAUUUUGUGUUCCUCACUCACACCGGCCUUUUUUAUGUGUGUGAUCAUCUCCACAGAACUGUUAUGGUUGUGAAUUUGAAUAAACUGUGUCUACUGCCAUUA